AUGGUUCGUCGUGGCAAGAUCUCUCGUGCCGCCGGCCCGUCGCUCGACCCGACGCCUAUUACCUCUACCCUCACGACUCCCCUGAGUUCAGCCUACCCGUCAACGUAUGCUUCAGAAGCCGAACUGGAUGCCCUGGGCGACAGCAUUGGCUCCCUUACCUUGAGCGAGAGAAGAGCAGCCAGGAAGAGAGCAAAGCCCUUUGCCUUCAUGGCACUGCCCUCGGAAUUGCGCCUCAAGGUCUACAAUUACUAUUUUGAGGGUGGCGGCGGAGUCGUUGAUCUCGAUCCAGACAAUUACAAGAACUUCCACAAAAAGCUUGGAAUUCAACGGACAUGCCGCACCAUCUACCACGAAGUCUCGCACUACUUCUAUAGUAGCCGCUCCUUCCGCAUCUUUCCAACUCACCCGGGGAAAUACUUCAAGACCAAAAAGCCCCUUCUGGCCCGCCUCAAGCCGAGCUCACGAUCACUCAUCACAUCUCUGGAGCUUCGCCUUGGUCCUGGCUGGUCAAAGCCCCCCAGAGGAUGGGUCGUCACUCCCGCUCUCGGCCUGAAUGAAUGCGUCAACGUCCGCCGUCUCACGGUUAUGGUUGAAUGCGACCCCAGUGACGGUGUGUUCAAUGGGUUUCGUCGCUCAGACGGGUUCUACGAAGAAUUCAGCAAAACUCUCCUCACGGAAAUCUUGAAUGAGAUGCCCUGGCUCGACACUGUCACCUUUGAUGCAUGGUCGAGUGUCAAGAAGUCGGGCGCGAUGAUGCGAGGAUUGCUUGAUAUAACUGUGGCAAACAACCGCAAGAUUAGAUGGGGACCCGAGAGAGGAUGGACCGAUGGACCUGACGAAGAGGACAAGGCCAGUAACCUGGUGCUGGUGCCUCCGGCGUCCGAGUUCAACACGUCCAGCAUGGGCGUACUGGUCAUGGCGUAA